AUGGUCGCAAAAGGGUCAAGUGUGGGAGUGAACUGGGGAACCAUGGCGUCUCACUUGUUGCCACCAGAGAAGGUGGUUGAGAUGCUGAGAGAGAAUGGAUUUGAUAAGGUGAAACUGUUUGAGGCUGAUGAGAAAAUUUUGGGUGCUUUGAUUGGGACUGAUAUUGAAGUGAUGGUGGCAGUUCCCAAUCACAUGUUGCAGGAGAUGAGUGAGGACCCUAAGGCUGCAGCUUCUUGGGUUGAUGCAAAUGUCACUAGUUAUUGCUAUACUGGUGGAGUUAAUAUCAGGUAUGUAGCCGUUGGCAAUGAGCCCUUCCUCCGAACUUACAAUGACACUUUCUUACCUUACACAUUGCCAGCCCUCAAAAAUAUCCAGGAAGCCAUAAACCGUGCUGGGAUUGGAUCACAAGUCAAAGCCACAAUCCCCUUCAAUGCUGAUGUCUACAACUCGCCAGAGUCCAAUCCAGUCCCCUCUGCCGGUGACUUCAGGCCAGAAAUCCGAGACAUCACGAUUGAAAUCUGCCAAUACUUGUACUCAAAUGAUGCCCCUUUUGUCGUCAAUAUCUACCCUUUCCUCAGUCUCUAUGGCAACGUUUACUUUCCUAUGGACUAUGCAUUCUUUGAUGGAUCAAACAAGCCUAUUAUAGAUGGGGACUAUGUCUACACCAAUGUGUUUGAUGCAAACUUUGACACCCUUGUUUCGUCUUUAAAGAAAGCAGGAUACCCCGACAUGAAGAUCAUGGUUGGAGAAGUCGGGUGGCCAACAGAUGGCGAUAAGGAUGCUAAUACCCAAAAUGCGAAAAGAUUCAAUCAAGGAAUGAUUCAACAUGCCUUGAGUAGAAAUGGAACCCCUGCUAGAAAAGGAAUCAUAGAAGUUUAUCUGUUCAGCCUCAUUGAUGAGAAUGCUAAAAGCAUUGACCCGGGGAGCUUUGAGAGGCAUUGGGGGAUAUUCGAGUUUGAUGGGAAGCCAAAGUAUGAAUUGGACCUGUCUGGUUUGCAAGAUAACAAAGGCCUAGUUGCAGUGGAAGGUGUACAAUAUAUGCCCAAAAGGUGGUGUGUUUUGAACCCUCAUGCCAAUGGAUUGGAGGACUUGGCAAAGAACAUUGAUUAUGCAUGUAGCUUAUCUGAUUGCACUGCUUUGGGCUAUGGCUCUUCUUGUAACCAUCUUAGCACCAAAGAGAAUGCUUCUUAUGCUUUCAAUAUGUAUUACCAAUUCAAGAGCCAGAAUAGUUGGGAUUGCGAUUUCUCAGGCUUGGCUGUGGUGACAGAUGUGGAUCCAUCGGACGAUUGGUGUCGGUUUCCGGUGAUGAUUGCUUAUGGUCGUUCAGCAAUGAUGCUGCAUAGGAAACUGUUUGAUAUCUUGCUUGUUAUUCUUGAGGGAUGUAUAGUGUUUUUGCUUCUUGUAUCCUAGAAUAGCUGACUUGAGAAAGCCAGG